UGAUCGGCGCCAGCAGAGCGGAGGAGCAGUCGCGCACCAGCGAGCAGUCGCCGUCCCAGAGCAGCCGAGCAACAGCGGCCGAGCAGCAGCAGCAACGCCCGAUUGUGGAGCAUCCAGCGACAGAACGGACACAGUUUACCGCCACUAAGGUCCCCUCGCCACUGUCGCCAUGGCAGCAGAGAAAGCUGAGAUUGAUGCGUUGAAAAAGGAGUGCGACGGGCUGCGUGCCAAGAUCGAGGCGGCGCGGAAGGCCGUCAACGACACCACCAUGACAUCGGCGGCGAGCGGCGUGGCCUCGGUGGGUCGUGUUCAGCUCAAGCAGAGGAAGACACUCAAAGGUCACCUGGCCAAAAUCUACGCUAUGCACUGGGCCGCCGACUCACGGCAAAUGGUGAGUGCGUCGCAGGAUGGCAAACUUCUAGUGUGGGACACCUUCACGGGCAACAAGCUGGUGGCCGUCCCGCUCAAGUCGGCCUGGGUGAUGAGCGUGGCCUUUGCGCCCUCCGGGAACCUGGUGGCCAGCGGUGGUCUGGACAACAUGUGCACCGUCUACAACAUCAAGGCGGCCAGCCCCAAGACUAUCCGGGAGCUGGACGCACACACAGGUUACCUUUCCUGCUGCCGCUUCCUGAGCGACUCGGAGAUCCUGACGGCCUCGGGCGACACCACCUGCUGCCUGUGGGACCUGGAGACGGGCAAGCAGAAGGUGGUGUUCACCAACCACAUCGGCGACUGCAUGUCCUUGGCGCUGUCUCCCGACAUGAACCUGUUCAUCUCCGGCGCCUGCGACUCGCUGGCCAAGCUGUGGGACAUCCGGGAAGGAAUCUGCAAGCAGACCUUCAUCGGACACACCAGUGAUAUCAACGCCAUCGCUUUCUUUGCGAGCGGCAACGCCAUCAUCACGGGCUCGGACGACUGCAGCUGCAAGAUGUACGAUCUGCGCGCUGACCAGGAAGUGAUCGGCUACCAGGACAGCAGCCUGAACGCUGGUGUCACGUCGGUGGCGCUCUCCAACUCGGGCCGCCUCAUCUUCGCCGGCUACGACGACUUCAACUGCCACAUUUGGGAUUCUCUCAAGGGCGAGAAAGCCGGCGUUCUGUCCGGCCACGACAAUCGCGUGAGCUGCACCGGCGUUCCCGAGGACGGCAUGGGCGUCUGCACGGGAUCCUGGGACAGCUUCCUCAAACUCUGGAACUGAGCGUCCGGCCCGGGAACCCCGUUGGGAGAGGGAAGGGAAAAAAAAAAACGGAAGGCUACAUGUUUUCAGGAGGUUACAUCACACGCGUCCUCUCUCUCAUCCAACUAUGCAAAAAUCAAACGAAACCCGUCGGGAA